AUGGCAGACGGAAAUAGAGUCGGGCCUCAUAAGAAACGUUUUAGAUGCAAUUCCCUAAGGGAUGAUAUCAGUUCAGUGAACGAUUGUGUCAGAACAAUGCACGAUGAGGUCAGUACAGUAACCGCCGAUGUCGUUAAUGGUAAGCGCGAUGAUUGUUUUGAGAGAGACAAUAACAGCACCAGAGAGGAUGCCGUUCCUACAAAGGACGAUGCUGACAGUGGGGAUGGCAGCGAUCGUCGGAAGGAUGCUGAUGCUACCCAUAAUGAUAAUGUCAAUUCCAGGAGGACUGGUAUCGCUGUUUUGGUAGAGACAGCAUGUGCCAUUAGUGGGAAUGACACAACUGAUGUCAAUCUCGUGAGGGAUGAUAUAAGGAUAUUGAUCAAUAUUAAAGGUACAACGCCUCUGAUGAAAGCGGCAUACGACAGGAAAACUGACCUGGUGAAAGAGAUAGCUAAAACAUAUCCUGAACAGCUAGCAAAGAAAAACGAUUAUGGUUGGAACGCGUUAAUGUUCUGUUGCGCAGGCGGAUCUACAGAGAUUUUUCAGUAUCUAGUUCAUGAAGGUUUGGACCCAGAAACAACAUCUGAUAUCGGGGAAACUUGUCUGAUGAUUGCUGUGCAUGAGGACAAACGAGACCUAGUGGAAUAUUUAGUACAUUACUAUCCAGAACAGUUGACAUCGAAGGACAUUGAAGGUUUUGGUGUUUUGUUAAGCUGUUGUGCUGGUGGGUCUGUUGAUAUGUUUCAAUAUCUAGUACAGAAGGGUAUGGACACAGCAACGACAUCAAAUACAGGACAAACAUGUUUGAUGAUUUCGGCAUUCAAAAGCAAUUUUACCCUCGUGAAACAUUUAGUGGAAAACUACCAAGAACAGUUGCAAUCGAAGGAUACGGAUGGAGCCAACGCUUUGCUAUGGUGUUGUACGGGUGGAUCGAUUGAGAUAUUUGAAUAUCUAGUAGAGAAAGGAAUGGACACAAGGACGACAUCAAAUAUCGGGAAAACUUGCAUGAUGAUUGCUGCAAAUUUCAACAGAUCGGACCUCGUGAAAUAUUUAAUAGAAAACUAUCAGGAACAAUUGCCACUGAAGGCUAAGGAUGGGCUCAACACUUUGUUAUGUUGUUGUGCUGGUGGAUCGAUUAAGAUAUUUCAAUAUCUAGUACAGAAGGGAAUGGACACAGCCACGACAACAAAUAUUGGGAAAACAUGCAUGAUGAUUGCUGCACAUUGCAACAGAAUCGACCUUGUGAAAUGUUUAGGAGAAAACUAUCCAGAACAAUUGCAUUUGAAAGAUGCAAAUGGAUUUAACGCUUUACUAUGCUGCUGUGCUGGCGGAUCUGUUCAUUUAUUUCAGUAUCUAGUACAGAAGGGUUUGGACACAGCCACGAUAUCAAAUACAGGGAAAACGUGUUUGAUGAUUGCUGUCCUCAACAACAAAAUCAACCUCGUGCAAUAUUUGGUAAAAACACAUCCAGAACAGUUGCAAUUGAAAGAUGCAGAUGGAUUUAACGCUUUGUCAUGGUGUUGUGCUGUUGGAUCCGUUGAAAUAUUUCAGUAUCUCGUACAGAAGGGUUUGGACACAGCCACGACAUCAAAUACCGGGAAAACGUGUUUGAUGAUUGCUGUCCUGAAAACAAAAACCAACCUCGUGAAAUAUUUAGUAGAAAACUAUCCAGAACAGCUGCCAAUGAGAAACAAGAACGGCGUCAAUGCUUUGCUUUGCAGUUCUGCGGGUGGAUCCGUCGAGAUAUUUCAAUAUCUAGUACAGAGAGGUAUGGACACAGCAACGACAACAAAAAAAGGACAAAAUUGUUUGAUGAUAGCUGCCAUGAACAAUCAAACCGAACAUGUGAAAUAUUUAGUAGAGAACUAUCCAAAACAGCUGCCAUUGAAAGAUGAAAAUGGAUACAAUGCCUUAUUAUGGUGUUGUGCUGGUGGAUCCGUUGAAAUUUUUCAAUAUUUGAUGAAGAAGGGUAUGGAAACAAACACAACAUCAGAUGGCGGAAAAACUUGUUUAAUGAUUGCUGCCCUAAACAACAAAAUCGACCUGGUGAAAUAUUUAGUAGAGAACUUUCAAGAACAAGUGUCGGUAUGGGAUAGAAAUGGAUGGAACGCUUUAUUCCACAGUUGUGCUAGCGGAUCUGUUGAGAUAUUUCAAUAUCUUGUGCAGAUUGCUGGCGUGAAGAACAAAUCCAGCUCCUUUACAUAUAUGGUUAGCAUGUAUUUAAAGACUGCUUUGAUGAAUGAAAAAGAUGAUUACACUGUGAAUCUGUCACAGGAUGCAGAAGAUAUAUCAGAAUUUCCUGGCAACACGCCAGUGCCUAGUUAA